AAGUUGUUUGUCCUCUCCGAUUCGCCGUAGAAUGUGUGUGACGUUUGAUUGGUUGAAAGUUUGCUUUCUUUUGUCGGAUGUACUUGGACGCGUCUGCAAAACACGUAUAAAACAUGGGAAAGGAAUGGGCGGAAGAGCACGCGGUUUAAAAGUAACUGCAAAAUAUAACGCUGUUUAUGUACACCUACACAUAUUUACAAUACAUGUAUUAUAAAGGUUGUCCCUGAUGUUUCCAUACCGUAUCUUCAAGAUGAUACGCUUAUCCUCCCAGUGGCUGAGGGGCAGCCUUGUGUCUAAGGGGAUGUUCUCCGUUAAACGGAUGUUGGCGCUUGCUCCGCCGCUUCGCUUCCCCUUGUCUGCACGGUUGCAUUCACAGUACCCCCUCCCUGAGUCUGAGAAGAACAUCUUAUUGAUGGGUCCACCUGGAGCGGGCAAGACAACAGUUGGACGGAUCAUCGCUCAACAAUUGGGGCGCCCUGCCAUCGACAUUGACGACGACGUGCUGGAGCGUCAGUGGGGGAUGUCCGUAGCUGACAAGCUGUCAGCAGUUGGCGGGCAGCGGUUCCUGGAGGAGGAGGCAGCAGCUGUGUCAAACUUCUCUGCCUGUGGGAGUGUCAUCUCACUGACUGGGUCAAAUCCACUUCACGCAGGGGCCAUGGCACGCCUGAGACGUACGGGCAUCGUGCUGUACCUGGACGUGGACACAGAGGACAUCCUGCAGAGGCUGUCCAGGAUGAAGGUGCAACGCAUAGUAGGCCAGGAGCCUGAGGUUUCUAUGAGGGACAUUCUUGCAUACCGGCAAAGGUUUUAUAACCAGUGCUUUGACAUCAGAGUCUUAUGUGGUUGUGGGGACACAGAGGAGGAAGUGGCAGAUAAAGCCCUCCGAGCCCUGAAGAGGUAUCAGGACUCGGAAUCAGAAACCUUUAUUUCCACCCGGUCCUGUGAGGGUGAACCGGCCACCAAAAAGUUUUUCAGUGAUGUGGUUAUCGAAGGGUUGGCCUCAGAUGGUGGGUUGUACGUUCCUAGGAACCGUUUUCCAAAGUUGGAGCCCCGGGAAUGGCUGAGGAUGAUCCACAUGUCGUACCUGGAAAGGGCAACCAUCCUUCUCGAGAAAUGCAUCCACCCCGCAGACAUCCCACCCACAGAGCUGCAGGCAAUGGUGACACGAGCCUAUGGGAAGAACUUUGCUUGUGCUGUGAUAGCACCUGUGAGACAUCUGGUCCAGAACCAGUAUGUACAGGAGCUCUUCCACGGCCCCACAGGCUCCUUCAAAGAUCUUGCUCUGCAACUUAUGCCACAGCUCUUCGCCCACUGCCUCCCACAGAUGUGCAACUACCUGGUCCUAGUGGCAACGUCUGGAGACACAGGUGGUGCAGUACUGGACGGCUUUGCUAGUCUGCACGAUGCCGACCGACGGCGCAUCGGAGUCCUGGUGUUCUUCCCAGAGGAAGGCGUGAGUGAGAUCCAGCGGCUGCAAAUGACGGCAUUCCAGAAAGGCAACACCAAGGCUGUGGGCAUCCAUGGCAACUUUGACUUCUGCCAAAAGGCCGUGAAGAGAAUGUUUGUCGACUCCAAUCUGACUGGACGUUUGGCGGUAGAGUAUGGCACAGUCCUAAGUACGGCUAAUUCCAUUAAUUGGGCGAGGCUUCUGCCUCAAGUUGUCUACCACGCCUCCGCCUACCUGGAUCUAGUCAGAGAUGGUGUGAUUGGCUUUGGCGACCCUAUCGAUGCCUGUAUUCCCACAGGAAACUUUGGCAAUGCCAUGUCUGCCAUGUAUGCCAAAAACAUGGGAAUCCCUAUUCGAAAGAUCAUCUGUGCUUCCAACCACAACUGCGCCUUGCCUGACUUCAUUGCCACAGGCUGCUACGACCUUCGCAAUCGGGUGCUCACACCAUCCAUUUCACCAGCCAUUGAUAUCCUGAAAGCCUCCAACCUCGAAAGGUUCAUCUUCCAUGCCUUGGAGGGGAAUGGGCAGCUGGUGAGGGGUCUGUUCUGUGGCCUCGAGGAGCAGGGGUACCUUGAGCUUCCUGAGGCCAUGCUCCGGAGAGUGCAGUCGGGGGUGUUGGCCGGCUGGUGCUCUGAGGCCGAGUGCUUGGCCGCCAUCCAUGAGGUGCACGCAAGCACCGGCUACAUCCUGGACACGCACACAGCUGUCGCCAAGGUGGUGGCAGACCGUCUGCAGGACCGGACCUGCCCCGUCAUCUUCUCCUCCACUGCUCAUCAUGCCAAGUUUGCCCCUGCCGUCCUGCGUGCCCUUCAAGUCCAGAACACCCCCACGGCGCCCCUGGACCAGCUGGCUUGGUUUCGCUCACAUGGUUCCCGGCCUGUCAUUCACGAAGCCCUAAAUAAGUGCCUGCGGGACGUCAAGAGACAGUCUUAUACUACGUGCCGGGCAGACUUCAGCUCCAUGGCUGAGCAGGUGGAAACCAUGAUACGAGACUCGUUCCUGAAAGGUUCAUAAAGGACUUCCCAAGGGAGGAGUUAUAUCUACUCUGAAUCUGUCCUAAUAAUGAAUAACUGUAGCAGAAAGUCAAACAUUUUUCAGAAUUCUUUCUAUUUUGUGAAAUGCGCAGAAUAUUCCUCUUACUUCACAAUUGUACUAGUCUCUGGCACUGCAUUUUUCUUUUUCCCCACUAGAUGGCAGUCUGGGGUGUACUCUAACACCUCAUCAUGGAAUAAUCGCACGCAUUGAAAAAUGACCCUGUCACAAUCACAGGGUGAGGAAACUCACAGCAGUGAGCCACGAAAUGCAGGCAGGAUGGUUAACAAGUCUCAGAGGAGCUUCAAACGGACGCUUGAUUUGCUGUCCUGUUAUUUUCCGCUUCCAUCUGUUCGGUUCAUUAUGGGUGUUAAGGUUAAAUCUCGCCCACCCAUAAUCUGCUGUGUUUUGCUUAAUUUGAAAUUUCAGAGUAAUUUGAAAACAUACCAGAGGAUACAACAUAAUCAGCCAGCAGUGUAAACAUUUAUUCAGAUCUAGCUUAUAUGUAAGCACAUGUAUAAGGCUGUUUACAUAAUGUCUUCUCUUUCAAAGCAUGAAUAUGUUCUAGCUGCUGUCCUCAAAACAGUACACUAAAAAAAAGAAAUGUUAUAAAAUUCAGACAUAAGACCUGCAUGCAUCUUUUAAACUUCUUUAAACAUU